GUUUCACAAACGCCUCCACCAACAUACCCGCCUCCAAUAUCACCGCCGAAAUCUUAUUCUUCACCAUCUCCGAAACAGUAUGUCGAUGAUGAUUAUGAAUCAUAUGAUUAUGUCCCCUCGCAAAAUCAAGGAUCAUAUGAUUCGAGAGAUACGAGAGAUAGGCCUUUUCCACAAAGACCGUACAAUAAUAAUCAUCCUAUGCCUCCAAGGCGUGGUUCGUCAGUUCGUGAAAUGACAAAUCGUUUUCAGUUAAUGAACGAGGAGAGAAGACCCAUAUCUCAUUCAACACGGCAAGCGACAUUGCCAACAUCAGGACGUGUUAAUGAAAUUACGACUCGAUUUGUUUCGCCUAUAAGAAGA